AUGCGUCUCCAUUCAGGCGCCUCUGUCGCGGCCUUCGCCGCGGCCGCCAGUGCCAAGUCUCUCUCCGAUGUAUGCACAUUGUCCAAUGUCAAGUCUGCUUUGCCCUCCAACGGCACUCUGCUUGGUAUCAACCUGAUUUCUUCCUCUUCUACUGCCGCUGCUGUCUACAACGCUAGCACUGGUGGCAUGGGCAGCACUACCAGCGCGACUUACAGCUACUGCAACGUGACCCUCACCUACACUCACCCCGGCAAGGGUGACACCGUCAUUGUCAAGUACGCUCUCCCCGAGCCCUCCGACUUCAAGAAGCGCUUCUACGUCGCUGGCGGCGGUGGCUAUUCUCUGAGCACUGAUGCGACCGGCGGUCUGGAGUACGGUGCCGCCGGUGGUGCCACUUCUGCUGGAUACGAUGCCUUGGACGGCGUCAGCUACGAUGACGUUGUGCUGUACGGUAACGGCUCCAUCAACUGGGAUGCGACCUACAUGUUCGGCUACCAGGCUCUGGGUGAGAUGACCCAGCUGGGCAAGUACUUCACCAAGGGUUUCUACGACCUUUCGACCGACUCCAAGGUCUACACCUACUACGAGGGAUGCUCCGAUGGUGGUCGUGAGGGUAUGAGCCAGAUUCAGCGUUAUGGUGAGGAGUACGACGGUGUUAUCACCGGUGCUCCGGCUUUCCGCUACGGCCAGCAGCAGGUUAACCACGUCUUCUCCGCCGAGGUCGAGAAGACUCUGGACUACUACCCUCCUCCUUGCGAACUCGCCAAGAUUGUCAACGCCACUAUCAAGGCUUGCGACCCUCUCGACGGCCGUACUGACGGUGUCAUUUCUCGUACCGACCUGUGCAAGCUGCACUUCAACAUGUCUUCCGUCAUUGGCCAGGAGUACUACUGCGCCGCCGAGACCAGCACUUCUCUGGGCUUCGGUUUCAGCAGCAAGGUUAAGCGCCAGGCAGCGGGCAGCCAGACCAGCUACCAGCCCGUUCAGAGCGGCACUGUGUCUGCCGAGGCCGUUGCCGUUGCACAGGCUAUCGUCGAUGGUCUGCACAACUCUAAGGGCGAGCGCGCUUACCUCUCGUGGCAGAUUGGUUCCGAGUUCACCGAUGCCGAGACCGAGUGGAACAACAGCACCCAGAAGUGGGAGCUGGAUAUCCCUUCGACCGGCGGUGAGUUUGUGACCAAGUUCGUCCAGCUUUUGGACCUGGACAACCUGUCCGACUUGGACGGCAUUACCUACGAUACUCUGGUUGAGUGGAUGAACACCGCCAUGGUGCGCUACAUGGACAGCCUGCAGACCACCCUGCCCGACCUCACUCCCUUCCAGUCCUCCGGUGGCAAGCUGCUGCACUACCACGGCGAGUCGGACCCCUCAGUCCCCUCCGCCUCUUCCGUGCACUACUGGCAGUCCGUCCGCUCCAUCAUGUACCCCGACGCCACCGAGAAGCAGGCCCUCGCCAAGCUCCAGGACUGGUACCAGUUCUACCUGAUCCCCGGUGCGGCCCACUGCGGAACCAACUCCCUGCAGCCCGGCCCUUACCCCGAGGAUAACAUGGAGAUCAUGAUCAACUGGGUUGAGAACGGUGUUAAGCCCACUCGCUUGAAUGCCACCGUCUCUUCUGGUACCUACGAGGGUGAGACUCAGAUGCUGUGCCAGUGGCCUUCUCGUCCUCUGUGGCGCAGCAACUCUACCUUUGACUGUGUCUACGACAAGAAGUCGAUUGAGAGCUGGACCUAUGAAUUCCCUGCCUUCAAGGUUCCCGUGUACUAA